ACACUUGUUUUGUGACUACACAUAUGUGUAUAUCGCGCGCAGAAUAUCAAUUAUUUUUUACAAAAAAAAAUUGUGUUUACCUGUGCAAAGGUAAGCAAUUUUUAUUUAGUUCGUAUUGCAGUGAUCAUCAGUAAGACUUUUUUGCAAUAAUAGAAAUAAUAAAUCACUCUCGUGAAAAUAACGAACCUCCAAAUGGCUAGUCUUCCAAAUCUCCAACACUGAAAUCCAAAACACUACACUAAAUCAUCAAAAUGUGAAAACCGAAAUUCAAUUACCAAUGAGAUUUGGCUAGAAAAACACUUCUUUUUUUUCGGGGAAACGACAAACAAAAAAAAAAAUUGCAAAAAUGAAAUUGUCACCGGUGGAUUAUUUUGGCUUUGCGGCAAUGGACCGUCGAUUCAGUGCUCCGAUGUUGCCUUGGAUUAUCAGUGAAAUCAAGAGGAGAAAUAAACGCGAAAAGGUUAACCUUCUACUGGCUUCGGGUUUUAUUUCGGCGUACGUUGCCAACAAAGAGGAACCGUUGUUCAGGCAUAAUUUAAACAACACCUUGAAACCCCAAUUGGUACCGCAAAGUGCACAGGAUUCAAAAGGUGGCAGUUUUCUUUAUACUUUAAAAGGCGAUGAUGGACUUUAUUAUUGUCAUCUCUUCAAGACUAAAGAUUCGCAAACGGUUCAGGAACUUUUCAAUGCAAUGAAGGAGCAAUCAUCGACAAGAUAUGAGAGAGAAAAAGAAGUUCCUCAAAGGUCCUACAGCAGUGCUGCGACUUUGACAAGUAUAGGUGCCGACAUAUCGCCAAGUUCAUCACACUUUUUCGAGGUUCUAUAUUUGGGAAAAAUUAAAUUGAAUCAUGGGAAAUUGCCUCAUGGAAAAUUACCUCACUCGAUAGUCUCUCAAACAUUUAUCGACGAUGCUCUGAUUAAAUUACGCGUACGUGGACUCGAAAAAUCGAAAUCAUCUGCAAGUAAUUUGCUAGCUCAAUGCCAACAGCUCAAAAAUCAAACGAGUACUUCCGAUCUUUUAUCAAAUAUUAGAAGAGAUAGUGUGGAUUCCAGUGCUAGUGAAUUAGGAAGUACAGACAAUGUAUCGGGAAAUAAUUUAUUAUCUCCCACGACGUCUAUUAGUCCAUUGGGAACUGCCAAAGUGCUUGGUGGCUCCGUAGAAACUCUUCCAGUAAGAAACAAUAGUUUAGCAGAGAGUGAUGAACAGGAAAGUAAACAGGUGCCAAAGAAGACUACUACCAGUAUACAAAUACCAGAAACAAUGAGAAAUCGUGCAGCUUCCACUGGUAGUGUUCUAACUCCUAGAAGAGACUCUUGUACUGAUGGAAGUGACGAGCACAAUCGCACCAUGUUAUUCCAAGUAGGUCGACAGGAUUUGCGUCUUAUUAGUCCAGACCGAAAACAAGUCUUGUUGCACAAGCAAUUAAAAAAUGUAGCAACUUGCGUUCAAGGAAUCGCAAAUCCAGAACAUUUUGGUUUUAUAUGCAGAGAUCCUGGAGCCGAAUGUUUCGUUGCUUAUGUUUUUAAGUGCCAAUCUGAAUCUGUCGCUGAUGAUCUAGUCGGAGCUAUUUCACAAGCUUUCAUCGCUGGUUACGAUGGCAACCGGAAGGAGAGACACGCAGUUUUUUCAUGCGAACAUUGUCCCAUGGUCUGGUAUAAGAAAUUAGCUCAAGAAAUUGAAGGUCAAAAUGAGAGAAAAACACAAAGUAUCAUUUUCUCUAGAAUGGAAAUGUUGUCAGAAGAAGAGCACGAGAUAAUAGUGACUAAAUUCAAAGGCUCUGAAGCUGGUGGCUCUGGAGCUGGCUCGAGUAUCCGUGAACAAAAUAGUUUUUUAAUGGCACUCCUUCGCGCACAUUGUGAAUCAAAACAGUCUAGACAUGUUCACGACACGGCUGAAAAUAGGAGUGAAUUUUUAAAUCAAUAUCUCAGUGUCGGUGUAGGAAGUACAAUAUUUAUGAAAGCGAAACGUUCCUUGACAAAUAGUUUUGAUAAUUUAAUGAAAAGAAAAGGCUCAAGAGACGACUUUUCUUUACCGGUUCAAGUUCGAGAGUCGAAUCAGUUAAAUUCAGCGAUGCAUAAAGCCGGCAGUCAAAGUCCUGUGAACUUAGGAUCGCAAACAAUCUCUGAGGUUUCAACCGAGUCUGAAAGACCAAGAUCGCUUCGAGUUUCUCCCGAGCAACAAUUGACUGUAAACACAGGUCCAAAAAGUCCCAUGAUGGAUAUCUUUUUGAAAGUAGGAAACUCGCCAAAAAUGUCACCAACUGAACAAGAAGAAGCUAGUAGAUUACAAGCAAGUGGUUCAUGGAGGCAAGCUAUUCUUAAUCGUGUUGUAACGCCGGCGAAAGAUAAAGAUAAAGAAAUUGACAAGUCAGGAAUAAGUGUUAUUAAAAGUCAACAAUUAAAUGUUCGUAAACGAACUAAAGAAGAAUUACGUGAACUUUGGAAGAAGGCAAUUAAUCAACAGAGAAUACUCAUUCGAAUGGAGAAGGAAAAUGCAAGAUUGCGUGUUCAUCAAGAGGAGGCAACAGUUAAGAGGAUUAAACUUGAUUAUGAUGAACUUAGCAGUUGUGCACGCGAGUUGGUUGAAGUUUGGGAUCUCUUGGUUAGCAAGGAGUCGAGAAUUUCGACAAAGUGUGAUAAUCAAAUGUUGCUUCAAGCUAUUAAACAAGGUGUUCCGAGGGGAAAACGCGGUGAAGUGUGGCACUUUUUGGCGGAACAAUUUUGUCUGAAGCAGCCACCAAUUGAUACUCGUGAUUUUCCAAAUUACAACAUGCCCUAUGAACUUCUUUUGAAACAAUUGACAUCGCAGCAACAUGCAAUUUUAAUUGAUUUGGGACGUACUUUUCCCAAUCAUCCUUACUUCAGUUCACCCCUUGGACCAGGUCAGUUGGGACUUUUUAAUUUAUUGAAAGCUUAUUCUCUACUCGAUCACGAGGUGGGAUAUUGUCAGGGUUUGAGCUUCGUCGCAGGAGUUCUUCUUCUUCAUAUGGCUGAGGAUCAAGCAUUCUUUCUCUUGCGACAUCUCAUGUUUCGACGUGGUUUAAGAAAACUUUAUCUUCCCGAUAUGGCGGCUUUACAAUUACAUUUAUAUCAAUUGUCACGAUUACUUCACGAUCGAUUGCCGGCAAUUUAUAAUCAUUUCGAUAAACAUGAAGUAUCACCAACAUUAUAUGCAGCUCCCUGGCUUUUAACAUUGUUCGCCAGUCAAUUUCCCCUUGGUUUUGUAACUCGUGUAUUCGAUUUACUAUUCCUUGAGUCGUCGGAAGUGAUAUUUCGCGUGGCAUUGGCAUUACUCGAAGAUCAUCAAGAUCAACUACUUUGUUGUGAUAGUUUCGAGGAAAUAAUGGAAUAUUUAAAAGUAAAAAUGCCAGCUGUCGAUAAAGCCGUAUUGGAUCGUGUUAUGAAACGUGUUUUUUAUCCGGAUAUGGAAAUUGGUAAACAACUCAAUGAAUAUCGUGUUGAAUAUCAAGUAUUACAAGAGGAAAUGCUUUCGGUGAAGCCACAAAUUGAAAAUAUGGAAAAACUCGAAAUGAUAAAUAAACAAUUGACACAACAAAAUUUGAAUCUCAGUAGUCAACUUGAAAUUGCAAUGAAUAAUUUUCAACGUAUUGAAAAUACACGUAGUAUUAAUCAAUCGUCAUUUCAUAAACUUGAGGCACAAAAUCGUAGUUUAGAAGUGACAGUUGCAACAUUAGGUGGUUUUAUUCAACAACUCGUUGAUACACGCACCGAUAUUGAUAUUCCCGGUGAUGUGAGACGAAUAGUUGCACAAUUGAGUGUCGCGGAAAAAAGACGUAAUAAUGGCGCGAGAACUUUUCCCCUAAAAGUUCUUGAGGAUAAUAAUAAUAAGUUUGGAAUGGUGAAAAGUAAUUCGACUGGCAAGGAAACACAAAAGUUUCUUCGUGGAGGAAUUGAGACGCCAUAUCCAUUGAAAUCGGCGUUAAGUCAACCAAACUUGGGAAGUCGAUUGGAGAAAAUGUCAUCAUUUUUUGCCAAUUCUCAUAGUCAAAUUGAGCAGAAGAGAGCCGAAAUUGCUGCACUUAGAAAUGAAAGUGGUUGCGAUGAUCGUAAUAGCUUUAGUAGUAAUGAUGAAAAUGAUCCAAAAUCAGUGAAUAUUGAUAUUCAAAUUACUGAUACUGUUGGCUCAACCACUGACACCAUCACAACAACAACAAAUAAUAAUUUAAAAAUUGAAUCAAUGGCAUUGGAAAAAUCAAUUUCAUUGCCAUUGUCAAAUGCAAAAAUUAAAUUGAAACCAUCAAAAUCGGCCUUUGAAUUGGGUUCAGUUAAGAAAGUUCCCACAACAAAAUUAGAGGACACAACAGAAGAAUCAUUAUCAAAUUUGACUGGUACAAUACAUCCUUUAGAUACUUGUAGUGACGUUAAUUUUAAAUAUGGCGGCACAACAAAAUUAAAAUCAAUUAAACCCGUGAGGCUCCCGGGACAAAAUAAUAUUCAAAAUGAAACAUUAAAUAAAGACAUUCAAAAUCAAAAUCCCGAAAUAUUAAGUAGAUAGCAAUUGCUUCUACUUACAAUAUUAAAACGAAAUUUGGCCUGAUUCAUUAAUGAAGGACAAUUUCUAAUAUAGUUUCUAUAUAUGCAUUGUAUAGUUUUUUGCCUAAACUGUCAAUUAAAAAUUAUUUCUAUUUACAAAUUGAUUGUCAUCGAAAAUUUACGAGAGAAAAAAAAAGAAAGAAAUAUGUAUAUCAAAACUCCAAGCACGUGUUUCAUCGACGCAGACUGACUUAAUUUCUUUUUUUUUAUUAUUUUGAUCCGCGAUUUACAAAAAAAAUCAACGAAAAAAAAUAUUUUGACCAUUAUUUAAGUAUUAAAAAUUUAUUAUUAUCAGUUGGUUCAAAUUUUUAUUAUAGAAAUUAGACUUCGCUUUUUUACUCUUUAACAAACAAAAAAUCCAGUUUCGAUGACGAGAUUCUAAUCAAUGAUUCAUAUCUUUUUAAGUCGCGAUAGCCAUAAGUCAAUUUUUGAAAUCGACUCAACCGUUACCAUGUCUUACGAUUGCCAAAUUUUAUAAAUUAAUUACGCUAAAUGUAGAGAGUGAAAAUAGUGAAGAUUACAUUUAAAGUGAGGGAGAUAGAAAAAAAAAUUUAAUUGUCAUAUAAUUAAGGUACAGUUAAGUUGGAAAAAAUCUCUGCUGAAAGUUAAUGUUGAAUUGAUAAGAUUUGUAAGGAACGAAAUUAAUUUAUUUUAUUUAUUUAUUUAUAUUAUUAUUAUUAUUCUUUAUUAGUGGUUCUAGAAAAAAAGUUUAUUUUCCAUAUUUAAUUAGACUUUUUUCAAUUUUCCCUAAAAUUAA